AUGAAAGAUUUAAAUGGUAGACUACUGAAACUGGGGGCUAGCGAUAUCAGUGAUGCUGUAUUGGAGGAGAUUACUGAUAUUAAGCUAGAUUUGAAUCUCGAGGCAGAUAAAGAGGAACUUUUCUGGGAACAAAGGGCAAGAGUUAACUGGCUUCAAAUGGGAGACAGGAAUACGGCAUUUUUUCACAAGAAUGCAACACAUCGCAGAAGGAAAAAUAGGAUUCAGGGGCUGGAAAAUGAAGUUGGAAACUUGACCACUGAUGAGUCUGAAAUCACGGUACUGGACUUAUGUAUUGAGGAUACUCAAGGAGCGUUUGUACCAGGAAGACAAAUAACAGACAACAUCCUAGUUGCUUAUGAGGUAUUGCACUCGUUCAAAAAAAGAAGAGGAACAUCGAAAAAAAGUUUUGCUUUGAAGCUAGAUAUGAGCAAAGCAUACGACAGAGUUGAAUGGAGUUUUUUAGAAAAAAUGAUGCACAGUAUGGGAUUUUGUGAGAACUGGACCUUACCGGUUAUGAGAUGUAUCACCAAUGUAGUAUAUACAGUGGUGGUUAACAGGAAAAACGGGGAAGAAUUCAGGCCACAACGAGGAUUAAGACGAGGUGAUCCAUUAAGUCCAUAUUUAUUUCUCACUUGUGCCGAAGGAUUUUCAAGACUGAUUGCACUUGCAAAAAGGGAAGGGAGUCUUGUUGGGACAAAAGUGGGGAGAGGUAACGUGUCAGUGUCACAUCUGUUCUUUGCAGAUGAUAGUAUUCUAUUUGGAGAAGCUUCAGCAGAAGGAGCUAACCGUAUGAAAAGUGUGAUACAGGAGUAUGAAAAGGUUUCUGGACAAUUGGUUAAUUUUGAAAAAUCCCUUAUCUAUUACAGCGGCAAUGUGGAUUCGCUUACAAAGGAUCAAGUGGGAAGGAUAUUAGGCGUCAGGAAUUCCAAUAAUCCAGAAAAAUAUCUGAGGCUUCCAACCAUGGUGGGUCGCCGAAAAAAGCAUGCUUUUGUUGAGUUAAAAGAAAAAUGCAUGAAGUUAUUGGGCAACUGGAAGAUGAAAUUUUUGUCGGCUAGAGGGAAGGAGGGAUUCACUGGUGUAAAUGGAAGGAGUUAUGCAGUGCCAAAGCAAAUGGAGGAUUAG